AUUAAUUAUUAUUUUUGAUGGAGGCUACGAUGAAAGAUUUGGAGUCCCGUCAUUUUUUUUUUCUAUUUACCAAACGCGUAUGUCGCAAACAUAAAAAAAAAAACUCUUUCUCUUUCUUCUUUUUCCCCUAUCUUUUCAGCUUUCAAACAUGAAUUCUAUUUUCCGUAGUGCUACUCCUGUGCAUCAAAUUGCUCGUUCCUUCUCUUCCACAUCUGCUCGUGCCACUUUGAAUAAGGUACAAUUGAUUGGUCGUGUGGGAAAUGACCCUGUGGUUACAGAUAUUGGUGGAGAUCGUCGUGUUGUCAACUAUACCGUCGCUACCUCUGAAACUCGUCCUGAUAAAGAAGGCAACUUGAUUAAGAGAACUCAAUGGCAUCGUAUCGUUUCUUGGAACUCGGCCGAUUGGCUUCCUGAACGAGUGAAGAAAGGCGAUCUCGUUUAUGUAGAAGGACAACUUCGUUAUAGUGACUAUACUGAUAAAGAAGGCAUACAAAGAACAAAGGCUGAUAUUUAUCAAUCUAGCUUUAGAUUCCUUGCUCCUCCUCGAACUCAAGUGCAGGAAGAUUCUGAAUAGACGUACUUUUGGCUUAUUUACCAUCAACCAUUGUAGACUAGUCUUUUCAAUUCGUCCUCCUCCUAUUAGUUAUAGUUAUUUUGACUUUUUUUUCAUCUUUUUUUCCUAUCUCUCUCACUCUCUCAAUAAAUGGAAAAUCUCAAAUGA